AUGUUGAAUGCAGUUGAAGACUUGCCGCAUUAUUGCCAUGCAGAUGAUAAGUCCAAUAAGACGUGGGAUGAUGUACUACAUUUGUUAUGUCUUAUUUUUGAUAUUUUAUCAGCUAAGGGCUAUUUGGAAACUAGAUUGUGUGAUGUGGCAAUCCAAUUAUAUAAAUAUAAAAACAUUCCUCUAGAGAAGAUGGCUAUACUGUGGAAAAAUAGAAGGCUUAAUCACUCUCUAUGUGCUUCACCCAUACAUGAAGUGCUUAUAAGAAGUUUUUGUAAGCACUAUGGCGAACUUUUUGAGUCUGUUCAUUUACAGAAAUAUAUGAUGGAAUGGGAGAUACGAGUAAAUGGGUUUAAUUGCAUGGACGAUCAGAUUAAACAAACUGCUCUUAGUAUGAUUUUCGAUGAUCCUGAAGUUGAUGAGUUUAAGUUUCGUUCAUCCUAUCUUUACUAUAGCUUGUCUGAAAGUCUGGUUUCAACUGGAAAAUUGAUUGAGGCUCUUCAACAUGCAAAAGCAGCCCUGAGGUUACGAAAGAAGCUUUUGGCUACAAAAUUUCUUUACUCGAGCAUGAGAAGGGAAGAGUUUUAUGAAGAAAAUGGAGUGAAAAUGUCUCAGCAAUACAUGAUUAUUAAGAAGUUAGAGAUUUCUUAUCCAGUAACGACUGGUAAGUGGCUGGGAUACGGCAUUUCUUGGGAAUUUGACUGCAUUAUUACUCCUUGGAAUGUACUUAGCUCUUAUCUUGAAAGCGUCUUUCAGGUUGCAAGCAUACAAGAGAAUAUAGGAAAUGCGCAGGCAGCUAUAUGUUCUUUACAGUGGGGGAAGAGCAUCUCCCAAUUUCAGGGCUUGGCACUUUUUGAAAUUUAUUUUUCUUCCAUGUUAGGAAGACUAUACGGCAAAAUGUUUUGUUGGAGCCGGGCCAAAAGGGAGCUUUGCAAAGCAAAGAAAAUAUUGGAUGAUAAUCGCGCAAUUAUUACUUGCACGAAAUGUGCAAAUUCACUGGAAGUGACCAUUAAUCAGGAAUUGGGAGAUUUACUUUUAUGUAAAUCUUCCAGAAAUGUCGAAAGGUCAAUUAUCAAUGAAUUAUCUCGUGCUAAGCAUUUCUACAUGUUGGCAUUAGAAAAGUUAAAUUCUUCUGAGUGGAGGCAUUCUUACCCUAAUCCUGAAAAUGUUGGGGCACUAUCAUUUGAUGAUUGUGCAAAAGAAACUAACAAGAAAUUACGGCAUGAUCUUGUAUUGACUGGUUUUGAGACCAAUCAAGUUCAUCGCCUUUGUGACCAGAUGAUAUGUUGGGAGUGUCUUCAUCUUGAAUUUGUUAAAUCUGGUUCUUUAAGGAACUUUAUAUGCAUGAAUUGGGAUCUUGUCCAAAGAAAGUUUUCUCUAAAGCUACUGAUUAGCAUGGGAAAUUUGUAUGGCUUGUAUGGUAAAAAUCAUUUGGCACAUCAACUUUUUCUUCGAAGUAUAUCAAUUUUGUUCAGCAAUAGUUCAUCAUGUUCCCAUCAAACUUCUCCGACCAAUGCUUUGUUUACAAAUUUGAUUGGAAUCAAUUUUCCUGGGGACGUGUUAGCUGUUGAACGAGCCGAUCUGCUGUAUUAUAUAUGCAGAUUCUCUUUUAAUACUCAGACCAGAGAAGAUUGUUGUGAGAUUUCACGUAUUGAGACUUCAAAAGUCGUUUCUCUACUGAAGUCGGCAUUUAUAAUUUGUCGUGAGGUUUCCAUACCUUUUCAAAAGAACACAAAUAGACAAGAUGGUAAAUAUUCUGAGAAGUCGUUGCUUCCAAAUCCACUUCCCACUGUCUCGGAGACGCAGAACUCACUCAGGCUUGCACCAGAGACAUAUGAAAAUCUAGAAGAAUUUGUUUCGAGAUUUUCUCAGGACCUUCCUUGUGCAUCAGUUAUCUGCAUUAGCUUUAUUGUUGGUGCUGAUGCUGAUAUGAUGAGAUUGUAUUGUUCUUCUGUCGUCAAAACAUGGAUUCUAGUAUCCAAUUUGAAUUUAGAUAAUCAAUAUAUUAUACUUCUGCCACUGGAUAAAACAUUGGAAGGUUCCAUAUCAGGUAGUUUUGUUAAUAGCUGGAUGCCACCUUGGGGUUCCACUGUUGUAGAUGACAUAGCUCCAAUGUUCAGAGAGAUUAUGGAGAUUGGACUGGAUUGCUUUGACAAUGGCCCAAAUAUUGAAAACAAAGAGUCCGGGCAUUCGAGGAUUUCCAAAUUGUAUACAGUUGAUAACAGAAUCCGUCAAUUGUUAAUAAAUAUGGAAGCUUUUUGGUUUGGCGCUUGGAAACAUGUCUUGUUGGGGCAGUGGCCAAGUUCUGAACACAUAUUCAGGAAAGAGUAUCUGUCCGAAGACGAGAGAUAUUUACGGAAUAUCUUGACGAAACGAUGUUAUGUUGGCAUAAAGCCGAAAGUAUCAGCAUCCCUAUUGAGUUCUGUGUUCAAAACAUGUGAUCACGAUGAGAUUGAUUGCCUAAAAAGAAGUCCUAUCAUUCUAGUCUUGGAUUCCGAGGUUCAGUUAUUUCCAUGGGAGAAUCUGCCGAUAUUGAAAAACGAAGAGGUUUAUCGUAUGCCAUCUGUUGGAAGCAUUCUUGCAACAAUUCACACGUGUUGCCAAGACCAAGCGCAGUUUUCGACAAAUUCUGUACCCUUUCCGUCGAUAAAUCCUCGCAACCUAUAUUAUGAAAUAAAUCCGGGCAAUGAUUGCGGUGAAAUUUGCCAGGUUAAAUUUGAGAAAUGGUUGCAAGAAGAGAAUUGUAAGGGAGCGUAUAAAUAUUUGACCCCAAACCAUAAGCGGAUCGUAGCCUUGAAAAGCCACGACCUCUAUGUUUACUCGGGCCAUGGAGACGAGAAUCGUCAAACCCGAUUUCAUCUUUACCUUGCCAUUUCAGGGUUGAACAUUGACCUCGAGGAUAAGAUUCGAGAACUCAAUGGUUGUGCUGCUUCAGUACUUUUGGGAUGCGAAAGUGGUGUACUGAAACUGAAAGGGCUUUACGCCCCAGAAGGUGCUCCUAUUUUGUUUCUAUCGGCAGGUUCUCCUAACAUAGUGGCUAGUCUAUGGAGUGUAAGCACUGAUGUUGAUAGAUUUGGUAAGGCCUUAUGUGCGGGUUGGUUUCAAGAGAUAGCAAAUGAUUUGACUUGUGAUAUAUGUGAUGCAAUCAAAUAUGAGCCCGGGAGUCAAUGCAAUCACAGACGGAGGACUGGAUCAUUCAUGAGUCAAGCUCGAGAAGCUUGUCUAUUCCCUUUUUUUACUGGAGCAUCAUUGGUUUUAUAUGGUGUUCCCACAAGUUUAAAGAGAUAG